UUGUGUGAUACUCUUCGCGAGUACGACGAACAAUACGCCAGUCUACAGCGCCUCGUGCUGUCGCUGCCCGAAAAACCAAAGCAUGAGAUCAUGAUUCCGUGCACAAAGUUUGCAAUGUUCGAGGGCGAGCUCGACGGCGAGGCCGACGUCUUCGUCGGCAUUGGUGGUGAUUUGCUCAUCGAGCGCACGGCUAAACAGGCAAGCGAGAUCAUUGGCCGACGGCGGGAUCUUCUUCAGGCGAAGAUGCGGGACGCGGAGCAGAACGCACGGGCUAUGGAGAGUCGUAUAGAGGCGGCGGCGGCGUUGCGGGAAAGCGGCGUCGGCGCGUCGGCGUUGGAGGAGGAAACGGUCGAGGAUGGACGCGCGCGGAUCGCGCGACGAGGUGAUGGAAGCGUAGAGAUUACGGAAGUGUACGAGGCGGAUGAUGAGGGCAUGAUCGCAUCGAUCUCGACCCUUGCGCCGAGUUCGGAGAGCGAACGCGUGAAUGCAAACGACGCGCGCGGCGAUUUGGACUCGUUCAUCUCUCGCUUGGAGGCUAUGGAGUUGAACGAGAGUGGAGCACAGGACGUGGCGGCGAGCGAUGACUACAUCGAUAUCGAGAGCGACGACGAGAGCGACGUAGACGUGGAUGGGGGUGAGCCACCGACGAUUGAGUGCCCCGAAGACUUUGUGAAAUACGAGCGAUGGAAAGCCAAGCGAGACGCCAAAGACGCCGAGCUUCGAGCUGAGUCCGAUCGUGUUCGACGACGUGCGGAAGAAGAAAGACUGAGAAUCGAAGAAGAGAUGCGCCGUAAGCACCCGCCCUUGAAAGAUACGGUGAUCGAGCGGAUUCCAGGGGAAGGUGGCGCGUCGUCUUCGCGAGACGACGCCAACGUUGACGUGACUCGCAAGCUGUCGCGGUACCAGAUGAAGAAACUCGGCCUGGCACCGGAUUCUCGAUGA